UUUACCAGCGAAGCGAGCAAAAAGAACAUUUACAUCGGUCCCCACCGGCCCCCUACCAAGUCAAGUCUUCCGUUUAACGCUGGCGUCCAGCUCUCUUGCGAUUCUAUCCGCGCUUUCAACGAUCGAAUAAAAAUACAAGAAAAUAGAGGACUGUGAACAGUCUAUUAAAUGCAAGCUGAUCGUAACUCAUCUUAGAACCAGCUGGAAAAAUAUUUUCUCUUGGAACAAUUAGAGCAAGAUUGUCUUAGUAAACGUCUUCAUUAUUUUAAACAGAAGCAGUUAUGAUGUGUCUGAGAUCACAAGGCAGAUUUCGAAUCCGUGCAGUUCUUUUGGGCGUGCUUAUUGGCGUGGGAAUGGCAAGUGUUUUGGUUGUGUGGACGAACGAAGGUGUUUACAUGAAGGACCAUUCUGAGAUAGUGAAAGAUAAAGUACACUCACACAGAAGCGUGUUCAAAGCUUAUGGUCACGUCAAAACCAUCUUGUUUUUCAUUGGUUAUUCGCGCAGUCGCCACACUUUACUUGGUUCUUUACUGGAUGCUCACCCGCACAUGGUUAUAGCAGACGAAACAUCAGCUUUUGGCAGGUGGAGCUCAAAUCCACAUAAAUGGAUAAAUAGUUCAAUAUACAAAUAUUAUAACACUUUGUUCGCGUCUUCAAAACGUGUUGUCAGUAAGGGUAGAAGGUCUCAAGUGUUUAAAGGAAGCGUUUCGAAGGCAACCUCUAAAUUCCGUUAUUAUGUACCAAACCAAUGGCAAGGAACCUUUGAACAGUACAUUGAGGUGAUUGGAGACAAGUCAGGCGCGUUUACAGCGUUUUCGAUGAACAGAAGGAAUGCGGUAGCAGCCGUUCAACUUUUAGAGGAAACUUCGGGCGCUAAGGUUAAGUUUGUUCACGUUGUGAGAAAUCCAUUUGACAACAUUGCGACCAUGGUCUUGCAGCACAAAGACAUCAAGGCACGGUAUGGAGAUCAUAAAGUAAAGGUAUGAUCGAAAUGGUAAUUUACUUUACGUAUGCCAAGGGAAUCAAGUUUUCGGGCAAACCCCGUAGGAUAUGGUAAUACGUUAGUUCGUAUAGUGUGAUCGUCUUGGUGAGUAGUUUUGAAAAGAACUCUUGUUGGUGGCUAACGUUUCGACAACUUGAGCAAAAGUGAUCUUCACAAUCAAGCGAGUACUAUUUGUUAGUCGAUGAUCAGUCUGGUUCCUUGAAACUGAUUGGUCAGUUUAGCCUUGGUGGUGUUGGCUGUAUGACUCGUGAAUUUAAGUUUGUCAACACCAGUCGAUUCUAGUAAGUUUCUAUCCGUCUAUUGUUAGUCAAUUUACGGCGGC